GCGGGUUGAAUGUGGACAACGUUCUACAGUUCUAGUAUUAAUGCCUGCAAUUUGAUUUCCCGCGAGUUACACGCAGAUUUUCGCGCUUGAUAAGUCCGAGUGGUUAAACUACGUUUUGCUAACUGAUAAAUCACCAUGGGAAUACACGGACUUGCCAAGUUGAUCGCUGACCAUGCCCCUGGUGCAAUUAAGGAACAAGACAUAAAGAACUACUUUGGCAGGAAAAUUGCCAUAGAUGCUUCCAUGUGCAUCUACCAGUUCCUGAUAGCUGUUCGACAGGAUGGGAAUGUUCUGCAGAACGAAGAAGGAGAGACUACAAGCCACCUGAUGGGAAUGUUCUACCGUACAAUCCGCAUGUUGGAGAACGGGAUCAAGCCUGUGUACGUGUUUGAUGGAAAGCCUCCACAGCUCAAGUCAGCCGAGCUGGAGAAGAGAGGGGAAAGGAGAGCAGAAGCAGAGAAGUUACUCGCUCAAGCCCAGGAAAUGGGGGAACAAGAGAAUAUUGACAAGUUCUCCAAGCGGCUUGUAAAAGUCACCAAGCAGCACAACGAUGAGUGCAAACAGCUGCUGACACUGAUGGGAGUGCCUUACAUCGAGGCUCCAUGUGAGGCGGAGGCCACCUGCGCCGCUCUGGUUAAAGCAGGAAAGGUGUUUGCCACGGCAACAGAGGACAUGGACGGUCUUACCUUUGGGACAAAUGUCCUGCUCAGACACCUCACUGCUAGUGAAGCCAAGAAACUUCCCAUUCAGGAGUUCCACUUCAAUCGCGUCCUGCAGGACAUUAGCCUGACCACUGAGCAGUUCAUAGAUCUAUGCAUUCUGCUGGGUUGUGAUUACUGUGGCACCAUCAAGGGAAUCGGACCCAAGAGAGCCAUCGACCUGAUCCGACAGCACGGCUGCAUCGAGGAGAUCCUAGAAAACAUCGACUCCAGUAAAUACCCCACUCCGGAGGACUGGCUCUACAAAGAAGCCAGGAAUUUGUUUCUGGAGCCAGAGGUGGUAGAUUGCUCCUCAGUGGAGCUGAAGUGGAACGAGCCCGAUGAGGCGGGACUGAUCCAAUUCAUGUGCAACGAGAAACAGUUCAAUGAAGACAGGAUCCGUAACGGCUGUAAGAAAAUCCUGAAGAGCCGACAGGGCAGCACUCAGGGGCGACUGGACUCUUUCUUCACCGUCACUGGAUCCCUGUCCUCAAAACGAAAGGAACCAGAGGCCAAAGGAUCAGCAAAGAAAAAGCAGAAAACUGGAGCCACUCCUGGCAAGUUUAGAAAAGGCAAAUAAAUAAAAAUCAGAUGCAUUUGAAGUGUUUUUGUUAUAAAUACUAGAUAUUAAAUAAGGAUUUUAACUGCAAUGCAGAACGAUUAUUUCAACUCAAACUUUGUGCUUCAAAUAAAAAACAAACUUUUGUAGAAAA